UUUAGUUGUUACCGAGUGAGCGAGCGAUACGAAAGUGUUUCGAAACUACACGCGGAUAAGCGUAGCGCUUGAAUAGAAAAAUUUUAGUUUCUUUUUUAUUUUUUAAAAAAUUUUAAUGUUUUAUUUUCUCAUUUAUGUUUAUUGAAAAACUUCUAAAAGUGUAGAAAAAUUAUUAUAAUCGAAAGCUGAAAAUCUUUCAAGCGGCAUUCGGCUACUGGAGGUAGAUUUAAGCUUAAGAAAAGGGUGUCAGCUGACUAUUUUUUGUUUUUCUUUAUCGCGCAAUUCAGUACUAAAAAAUAGUGUUUUAUGCCCUUUGCCAUUUCAUUAACAAAUACAUAUAAAAAAACCGCAUUAAAAUACAUGAGUGAAAUACGAAAACAAAAAGCAAAGGAAAAAUAAAAAUAAAAAGUGUUAAAUUCAUAACAAUAAUUUUCAAAAGUCGCCCUAACAUUAUGUUUAACUCUUUUUUACUAAAUUAAACGAAUUUCCGCUUUUAAACGAAUAACGACUUACAUACAUACAUACAUAUAUUUGGAUAAACGAAAACGAUAUGGAUCCGGCGAUUUUGAUAGAUGAACGCCAGGACAUACAAAAGAAGACAUUCACAAAAUGGAUUAACUCACAUUUGCUAAAGACCCAGUGUACACCAGUGAUCGACUUGUUUGAGGAUUUACGCGAUGGACAUCGCUUGUUGGCGUUGCUUAGUGUGCUCACUCAAUCACAGUUGAAACCGGAAAGGGGUCGCAUGCGCGUACAUCACAUCAACAAUAUUAACAAAGUGAUCCAGGUGAUACAGGAGCAUGGCGUUAAGUUGGUGAAUAUUUCCAGUGAUGACAUAGUCGCUGGUAAUCCGAAAUUGACGCUUGGCUUGAUUUGGCUCAUUGCACUCGAGUUCAACGGUCAAAAUCUAGUCAAGAGUCAGUCGAGUAAUGGCGUUGAGAAAUCGUUACUCGCAUGGGCGCGUCAAUACACCGAACCGUAUGGCCUGCAGCUGCAUGAUUUCUCCACCAGUUGGUCGGACGGACGUGCCUUUCUCAUCAUACUCAAUGCACAUCUUGAGGAUAUCGAUUUGAGUGCGGCACUAACAAAACAUCCCUUGGCACGUCUCAAGACCGCAUUUGAUUUGGCACACAAAUACUUUAAGAUAGAGAAACUACUCGAUCCCGAGGAUGUCCACACACUUAAGCCAGACAACAAAUCAAUACAAAUGUAUGUGAUGUGCCUGUAUCACGCCAUGGAGUCGCGUCGAAGUCGCGAGCGUAGUGAUAGCGUGGGUGAGGCGGUGUUGUUCGAUGAGAAGGCGCAAGAAGCGCUCCCUCCACCAUCAUCCCAAUCAAUGCGUCCAAGCACCAAUAUCACUGAUCUCGAUGAGGUGCCCUUGGACAGUGCCGAAGAGGUGUUCUCCGAUAUGAGCAGCACGCCGGUUAGCAGUUCCGAUCCAGUGAAAUCCGCUAAGUACAGCAGCGAUACAAUGCACAGCAUAAUGGAUAUUGGCAUGGACGAGAGUAAGCCAGUGGAUUAUUUGCGCAUGGGACAAGAUAAGUCACGACCCAUGAGCACUGCGACAAAUGCAUCCAUUGAAAUUACUAGCUAUCAGGCGGCUUUAGAGGCGGUGCUUACGCUGCUGCUGGAAGAUGAGCAGAUACUUUCACGCGAACUGCCCGAACCCAUCGACUUUCAAAGUGCCAAAAUACAGUUCCACGAAAAUGAGCAUUUCAUGCUUAAACUCACUGAGCAUCAGCAAUAUGUGGGUGAAGCGCUCGAAGAGGGCUCAAAUUUGAUCAAUGAGUCGCAGAAAACGUCGGGCCUAACCACGGAGGACCAGAAUGAAAUACGUCAGCAAAUGGUGCUUCUCAACGAACGCUGGGAGACUUUACGUCUGCAGGCACUUGAUGUGCAGGCAAAGAUAUUGGCACGCCUGGCCGAGUUUCAGUCUCAACAGAUUGAAAAAUUACGUCUCUUCCUCACCAACAUUGAAGACCGCAUAUCUCAUAUGACGGAUAUUGGACCGAGCUUGCCUGCAGUACAACAGCAGCUAACCGAGGGACGGCAACUUAAGGAUGACCUUAGUAAUCAGCAGGCGCUAGUCGACAGUUUGAGCAACAUGGUUGUUAUAAUAAACGAUGAAUCGGGCAACUUCAUAGAUCUAGAGGAUAAGUUGUCGGCUUUAGGUGAACGCUGGUCGCACGUGUCCAAAUGGAGUGACCUGCGCAUGGAGAAGCUAUUGCAAUACAAGUGCAUCUACCGUUGGCUAGAUACACGUGAGCAAGACUUAAAGACGAUGGAGAGUAAAGACGUCACAGAUCUGGGUGGCAUUACGAAACGUAUGAAUGACCUUAACUACUGCGCCAAAGAUCUGCUGGAGUUGGAACGUUACCUCAUCGACUUAAGGCAAAUGGUAGCAGCUUCACUGCAGGAGGGCGAUGACCAGGGUGAGCGGGUGUUAAUGCAGUUAGAGAGCUUCGAGGACCGACUAGACGCACUAAAGCAGAUCGUGGAGGUACAAACAGAUCGCAUCGAAGCGAAAGGUUUCAAAUUUGGACGUGAUCGAGCAUCGUAUGACGACAGUCGUGUGGUGCGGCCUGAUGGCUGGGUGGACUUCCAAAUGUUAAUUAAAUUCGGCGACGACAGUGAUGAUUUGAACAAAGAAGAGAGAGUCGCAGAGCUGAUGCAACAAACAGAUGAAACCGUUUAUCAAGUGGAAUCACCAGAAGGUAAUAAAAAACGCAAGCUACGCAGUUCCGAUAACUUUUAUCUACUUACCGGCCGCAUAAUGGAGGCCUUCAACUUCCUCGACGAUUGCGAAGACCGCUUACAGAGUGUGCAUCGGCAGAGCUUGCGCAAUCAAAGUGAAAUUUUAAUUAAUCUGGAGAAAGAUGUCGCCAAGCGUGCGACACUCGUUAAUGAGCUGAAAGAGCUCUAUGAAGUAUGCGAGAAGGAGGAUGUGAAAAGAAAUUUGAUUAUGGAGGCCACCCAGAUCAAACAGAUUGAAGAACGCUUUGCCGAACUUAAGAAGCGAAUUAUUGAACAGAAGUCCGAAACAGCGCAAAUAAUAGCCAAGGAAAAGUUCUACAACAGCCUCACUGGUUUCAAGUUGGUGCUUGCAGAUUCGCGGGAUUGGUACAAGCAACAUUCGCUCUCUGCGAGUAAAGCUGAUCUUGAGCAGCGCUUAAGUCACAUGGAUUCAUUAUCGGGCGAAAUCGCCGAUGCAAAAGAGAUCACUGCAACUCUGGGCGAGGAUCUGCAAGAGUGGCGGCAGGAUUUUAAAAUUUUCUACGAAAGUUGGAACGAUAUGAAGCGCGCCAUCAUAACGCUGAUACAAGAGAAAGGUGGACUGGAUGACGUUAAUCAGCGACUACAACGCUUGGAAGACUUCAUGGCGAAGGUAGCGAGUGUUAAAGUGAUUGUUACAGAUCUGCCACCAAUGCAACAGCAGCAAAAGCAGCUGAAUGAGCUAGUCGAUGAAUUAGAGAAGUUGAAAGCAGACUUUGAUCACAUCUGUGAGAGACGGCCAGAUGCGGUGGGAACUGAAUUCGCCGAGAACUGGGCCAAAAUACCCGAACAACUGAGUGAGCGUGUCAUCAAACAAACGACCGCAAUUGAAAAUCUCAACCAUUUCAAUGCCGAGUAUAAUGAUAUCUUGAAUGUUUUGCGUAAGUUAGAGGCGAAAUUCAAGCCAGACGACGCUGACAGCACAGAACAAUCGCUACAAAACCAGCAAUCGCCGAUGGGUGACAGCAAUCGAUUAAAUAUGGAGCUUCGUAAAAUCGAAAUCGAUGUGAUAAGUGCGCGCAACUUUAGUGAAAUACUCAUCAAAGAUGCAGAGUCGGCACAUCGGGAGCACCUGCUGUCACAAAUCAAAGAGCUCAACGAAUACUUCACAAAAGUACAGGAGUUGCAUAAAGGGCAGGCUUUGAAACGGACGCAAGUACUAGACAAAGCAGAGGAAAUCUUGAAACGUCUAAGUGCCACCGAAGUGUGGCUGAGUGAGCUCGAACAGAAUACGCCGAAAACACAAAUCGCCGAGAUCAAUAACUCCAAUGAACUCUUUCAAAUAAAAAGCAAGUUUCAAACACUCAAAGAGACGUGCGAGCGCGAAUCGGUGAGCUUUCGUGAAUUGAAUGAAGUCGGGGGCGAGCUGUUGCUACAAAUCGAUGAACUGAAGACAACCGGCGAGGAGGUAGAAAACAAGUACACGCAGUUGCCGAAGCGUUUUACACGUCUCAGUGCACGUUGGACCGAGGUAACAUCGCUCGUGUAUGCAAAGACUGCAUUGCUGGAACACAUCUCCACGCAAUUGGGCGAGUUCAAGAAGUUCAUGGUCUCCGAGUCUGGCUAUUUGGAUAGGCUGGAGAAUAAAAUAGGCAGCACGCCAGAGAAUGCCGAUGCUGAGGAAAUAAUAGAGGAAUUAGAUGACCUCGAAAAUGUAUUGCGUGCACACUCCGACGAAUGGCUGGAGAAAAUUCAAGAAAUCGGCAAUGAGCUAAUUGAACAUGAGUUCAUGGCGAAUUCGAUACGUGCGGAAAUCGAUGGGAUUGUGGAACGCUGGACGCAGCUGCAACUGCGCGCCAAACAACGCACCGAGACGUUAGAGAAAGAAGUGAGCGAAGCCGAGCAGUCCGAAAAAUGUAUUGUACAAUUUGAGGCGUGGCUAACACGUGUCGACGAGAUACUAACCGAACAUUUAGAGAAUGAUGUGACCAUUGAGGAUCUGCCGGAAGACUUCCAGCGUUUAGUUAAAGAAUUCGAUUCCAAGCAGCAUUGUUUCAAGGAAAUCGAAGAACUCAUCGCCGAACACACACGGAAUGGCAAAAUUGAGGCGGCAAAUCGUUUGCAGGAGAAGCUAAACUUAACCGAGUUGCGUUUUAAGGCCUGCCAAUUGAAGUUGAAUAAAUGUACGGCGCCACAGCCAGCCUACGAGCAGCGUUUGAAUCGUGCUGUGGCAGAGCUGCGCGCUGUCGAACAUUCCACGCUUGUGCUGGAUGUGGCCUCGGCUGGUCCCAGCACCGUACAAGCGCAAUACCAGAAAUGUGUGCAAAUCUAUCGCACUCUCUCAGAGAUCAAACCGGAAAUCGAAAGCACAAUUAAAACAGGUCGCAAAGUGUGUGAAGACAAAUUCACACGCUCACCGAAACAGCUGAGUCAACGCAUCGACGCACUGAAGCAUCUCUACAAUGCGCUCGGCGAGAAUGUUACGCAGUCAAAGAUGUUUCUCGAAACCCUACUGAAGUUGGCACAUCAAUUGGAUGAAUGUUUCGAUCAUGCCGAUCAGCUGAUACGACGUUUCGAAUCAACGCAAGAAAUGCAAGAUCGCAACUCCGGUUUCUUAGAGUUUGAGGAUCUGCUACAGCGCUGUGAUGAAUUGUAUGAGGAAUACAACAAAUCCUGCGAUCAAUCCUGCAUGGAGGAAACACGUCAGAAGAUUGACGAACUGAAAACGAUCUACAUGAAGUUGACCAGUGCAGAUGUGAUUAAGCGGCUGACGGAAAUGAAGUCAACACUGCAGAAUUUAGACAACAUAUCGCCGGAGACCUUGAAAGGCAUGGAGCAUGAGCUAAAGCAAAUUAAUACGCCAUCGAAUCCGGAUAUUGAAAAAUUGCAACAACAAGUAAUCGCCAUAGUGGUGGACGCGCUGAAAACGCGUUGUAAUGAAAAUUCUGAGUUGGCUGCGCUUUUGCCCACACCUUCAUCUGCGCCAGAAAACCCCAGCAAUAUCGAGAACUCUGAUACUGAUGUAGAAAUUGUUGUUGUAAGCAACACUGUACGCCAACGUAGAGCGCGUACACCCGGCGCAAAUGACUCUCAAAAUGCUGGUGACUCACCAACAAAGUCCGAAAGGUCUACGCACUUGCAAACAACUGCGGAAUCGCCGCCAGAAAAUGAGACACCAGCAGGGCAAGCGAUUGUCACACAAGUACUGCCCGAUGUCUUGCCGCCGCAGACAUUCCGUUUAGCGGAGUCAAGCACGCUUUUCUCACACAUCUCAACAGCGACGCCCAUUGAAACCACCGACAAUCCACCCAGUAAACCGCCAAAGCGCAAAAGUCGCAAGGGCGAACAGCAACAUGCUAAAGUGGUGGAGAUACGCGAGCGAAAUUUAUCACACGACAAAAUGUCCGUGCAAAAUAUCGAAUUUGAGCCGCAAGUUGGUGAAAUUGUCGACACUGUAAAUGUUUUGGAGAGUGUGGAACCAUUCGUGCCGGAGUAUGUGGAGACCGUGCAAAUCGUUGAUCUCUCCGAAGAUUCGGAUACGUCGAUACGUGUUGAUGCAGAUGGUCGGGAGAUACAGCGUAGCAAGAGUAAACGCUCACUCACCGACUCGUCCAAAACACAAGCACCAUUAUCACCGCUCUCAGAUGACGUUGAGAUGCGCGGUGCUUUGCCGCUGAAUACGAGCACACCGUUUCUGCGCGUGGAGAAGCAACGUAUCUCGUUCGAUGAGAAGCGUAAACGCAUAGAGAGCGAGCGUGAUAUAUUGCGUGACUCCGAGGAGGACGAAGACGAAGGGCCGGCAAAAGACAACGAGGCUUCGAGUGCGAAGAGUGCUCCAACUGCAAAACAGCCAAAACGUUGGCGCCAACUAACGCUCACACUUGACGAUGAACUGUCACCCAAAAAGGUCAAGGCUCAGGAGGACACGUCAGAACGGGGCAAGCAAAUGGAUGUGCAGUGCUCAUUGGAUUCACCGUUGCGUAAUAGUUUUUAUAGCGCUGAUAAAGAGGCAAGCUACGAUUUGGAGCCUUUGGUUUUUUCGGAUGACGAGGAUAUACCGAGAUUUUCACUAGAAAUGACACCAACAUUUGACUCCGAUAGUGAUACGAGUCGUAUUGAAACACCGGGUACUAAGAAACCGAACAACUUCGAAAGCAAAAUUUUACCCAAUUCUCCCUCUCUGGACGAUUCCAACAUCACCUUGAAGAGUCCGCACGCUGAAAGUCCGCUGAGUUUCCGCGACAAUGCGCCCCUGGAUCAGCGCGUGCAGACAUUCGAUAAAAUGGCUAAGUACAUGAUACGCAAAAUGGAGGCAACUAAAGAGAAGAUCGAAAAGUGUGACGAGGGCGAGGUCGCCAUUGAGGACUUGAAACUACUAAUUGCACCCGAUGCUGCCACAUUGAUAUCACAAGGUGAUUCCUUAGUGCUAGAAACCCACGGCAAGCAGGGGAAUCUCUCGCGUUUAGUUAUGAAAACACAAAUAAUACUGCGGGAAAAGUUUCGGGAAGUGCAGCAAGCCAAAUCCAAAGUGCCCGGCGCGCAGCAACCAGCUGAGGGCAACAAAACGCCCAGUCCACGCUCUACGCUGGAGAAGCUUAACAUCGAUUUAGAAGAGCUUGUUUCGAAGGGACUCAAGCGUAUAAAUGAUCUCAUCGAGAAGCCGUACGAUAAAAAGUCAACCGAUGCACUGGAGCGCCGUCUGGAGGAAAUUAGCGAUCGUCGUGACGAUUUAAAAUUGAUUGUAAAUAAAAUUGGAAAAAGUGAGGAGAGACCGAAGGUCACGGCCACUAUGAUGAAUGAUAUCGAAAUGUCCAAAAACAAUUUACAAUCACACGCCGAUGCUGUAGAACUUUCACUUACCAAAUUAAAGCAGAUUAAUAAAUUGUCAACACGGAAUGGCGAGGAAAAUGAUUAUAACGACGAGCCGAGCGGCACAGGUGCAUUGGCCGGUAGUUUUGAUAAAUCCGUACUCCAAAUAUCGGAUUGGCUGACGUGGGAGCAAAAUAUGAUAAAAAUACAAAGUGUUGCCGUCGACGAUGUGGAUGCGGUACGCAUGGCCAUCGAGAAGCAGGAGAAAGUUUUACGUGAAUUAAAAAUGAAAAAGCCACAACUCAAUGAAUUGGUUCACACGGCUGAAGUGCUUAAGGGCGACGUUAAGCGGCAACAGUUGCAGGAAAAAGCCUUAAAACAAUUUUCCCUUGCGCCGCAUUGCGCCGCUGAUUUGGAUUAUAUGCGUUGUUGUUUGAAAGUUACACGUCUACGCGAACACUGGGAUGAGACCUCACAGUGUGUGUUGCAACGCGCUGCCCAAUUGAAAAACAUGCUCGGCGAUUCUCAACGCUAUGAAACGAAACGUUUGGAGUUGGAGAAGUGGUUGGCACGCAUGGAAGCACGCGCCGAACGUAUGGGCAAUGUUGCCACUACCGCUGAUGUUUUGGAAGCUCAACAAAAAGAGCAGAAGUCUUUCCACGCCGAGUUGCAUCAGAAUAAGCAACAAUUUGAACUUUUCAAUGCUCUGACACAAAAACUUAUUGCUGUUUAUCCAUCGGACGAUACCACGCGCAUCAAAAAGAUGACGGAGGCCAUUAAUCAAAGAUAUUCAAAUUUAAACAAUGGCGUUAUCAAUCGUGGCAAACAACUUCAUGCCGCCGUACACAGUCUUCAGUCUUUCGAUCGUGCGAUGGAUCAAUUCCUCGCUUUCCUCUCUGAGUCGGAAUCACUCUGUGAGAGCGCCGAAGCUGAAAUUGAUCGCAAUCCGUUAAUGUUCAAGGUAAGUGAACACCAACUGAAUUAAAUUUUUAAAUAUUUUUGCAUAAGU